GGGAGGGAAGGGGCCGUAGCAGCGGCGGACUGUGCAAGUUGUGCUCUGCCCUUCUUCUCGCCGGCCCGUCUCCCACCCGCGGAGCAGCAUGCGGACUGGCCUCCGCGCUCCGUCAGAUGUGCUCUGGCUGCCGCCGGUGCUGCCGCCUUCAGUGCAUCCUGCUGCUGGCAGCGCUCACCCGGGCGCUGGAUGAGACGGGAGCGGGGAGAUCGCUGCUGCGGUUCCACCCGCUCCUUCAUGCGGGCUUCUGCUCCGGCGGGGCCAGCACCGCCGCCGCCGCCGCCGCGGAGGAGCCGGGCUGCCCUCCCGCCCCGCGCCCGCCCGCCCGGGGGGCCCGCAUGGCGUGCUACCUGGUCAUCAGCUCCCGGCACCUCAGCAACGGGCACUACCGCGGCAUCAAAGGCGUCUUCAGGGGACCGCUCUGCAAGAAGGGCGCUCGCUCGCCGGUAACUGCCACCUCCUCGCUCCCUCCCUCACUUGCCCCCCGCACGGACUAUGCUGAGAGGGAGAAAGCUGCAGCCAAGGCUCUGGAAGAUGUGAAGGCUAACUUCUACUGUGAACUAUGUGACAAGCAGUACCACAAACACCAGGAAUUUGACAACCACAUCAAUUCUUAUGACCAUGCUCACAAGCAGAGAUUGAAAGAUUUGAAACAAAGAGAAUUUGCUCGAAAUGUGGCUUCAAAGUCAUGGAAAGAUGAGAAGAAACAGGAAAAAGCACUCAAGCGACUCCACCAGCUUGCAGAGUUACGGAAGCAGUCAGAAUGCAUCACUGGGAGUGGACCAUUGCUUAAAGCCCCCCGACUGGUCAUGGAAAAACAGCAGGCACCUCAUGGCAUUUUCCUCUACAAAGGUGGCAAGUUCACAGCCAGUUCUCAAAGAACAAUGAUGAGUGAAGGACAAGGUUUCUCCAGAGCCAUACUAGAGAAACAGCAGCUUAUUAUAAGUAGGCAUCAUCCCUCUGCUGAAAGACACCACGCACUUGGAAAUCAAGUCUCACAAGUGUUCCCAGAUAGCACCAAUACCUCUCAAAGGGCAGGAGUGUCUUUCUCAUUCUCUAAAAAGGUCCCUUUAAAGCUUGAGUCCUCGGCAUCAGUCUUCAGUGAGAACUCUGAAGAAGGAAAUGAUUGUAGUGAGUCCCCCAACCAUAAGAAAAAGCAAGUUGUUGAGGCCUGCCAUUCUGGCACACUUUUGGAGGAACACAUAAAAGCAAGCUUGGAUAAAGGGUCACUUAUUACACAAGACCAAAUAGAUUUGGAUAACAGUGCAUCAAGUCAUGCAGCUCCAAAACCUAAAAUAGUAAAGGAAAAUGAUAAAAGUAGUGACAGGGAAUUGGAAGAAAAAGUCAGUGCUCAUGCUUCAUUUUCUAAAGUGAAAAUACAGCUUUCAAAUUUGGAUUUUUCUGGUUCACUGAGAGAAACAGAGCAAGAGAGCAAACUGAAUGAACCUGAGCAAUUCUUAGAAACUCUCAUUUCACCUUCAUGCCAGGCUAGCAAUUUUUGUACACAGCUGAAUACCUACAAGCACAGCAAUGCCCACCUGCCUGACCAGUUAUCCGAACUCCCACCCCAGCCAGUGCCUGAGUUGGCACGUUCAAGCAACAUUAAUAACAGUCCUGGACUGGUAAAAAGAGAGAGAUCUUUGGAGAUUUCAGAAAUCAAAAAUGGAAAUAUGGAAACAUGUCAAAAGGAGGCCGUGAUUAAAGAAUUUAAGCCCCAGACGUUGCCUUUCCUCCAUGUAGUGAGCAAAGAUGGCACCACUGCUCUGCAGUGGCCCACAGAAUUACUUUUGUUUACAAAAACUGAGCCCUGUAUUUCAUAUGGCUGUAAUCCAUUGUAUUUUGACUUCAGACUCUCUUUAAAUCACAGAAAUGGUAAACAGCAUGAAACAAACAAAGCAAGCUGUAAAGAGCACUCUAAAAAUAAGACUGCAGAUGAAAAUGAACCCUCAGGUUUAAUAAAACACAAACAAAUGUCAAAUGAACAAGAUAAUCAGUUGUUGAAACCAAAGAAGAUGAAAGGUUCCCUAAAUCCAAGAAAGGCCAAGCAAAAAGCUGAGUCAAACAUAGUGAAAGAAGUGAACGAAAAUGGUCAAAAAUGCAUUGCAGAUUAUUUGAAUGAAAAUAUGCCCAAAGUGCCUGCUUACCUUGAUGUGUCACAAAAGGAUUAUUUGAUAGAAAAAAGUCUUCAUACAACAAGACUGAGAAGACCUUUAAAGCAUCAUUUUCAUAGCUGUGAAAGAAAAAACCUGAACAUUAGAAAUGAAAGCAUUUCUACUUUUAUGCCUAGGAUUAAAAAGUCUAAAGCUGCUAAAUGUCAUUUAAUUUAUUCUGAAGAAAAAUGUGAAAACCAAGAUGACUUCAGAUCCGUUCAAGGUGUGGCCAGCUGCAGCAGUGAUAUAAGUGACAGUGGAAAAGACUCUAGUGGAAGUUUCCUUAGUUGUAAAUCUAGUUCAAACAGCAGGAAUUCAGAGAAUGAAGGAUGUGGAAGUUACACAAGAUGUUGGAGAUUCCCAUCUUCUCAGAAGUCCUCCUCUGGCAGACAUUCCAGCUAUUCUGACACUUCAGUUAGCAGUACAAGUACCUGCAUGAGUUACAUGAGUCCCACAUCAAACAAUCACAGCAGAAAUCAUUUGCUCUGUUGUUGUAAAAGAAAAAGCAAGACAGAUGAAAGGCACAAAUGUAAACACAGAAAGCACAAGUGUAUUUUCACUUCAGAUGACACAGAUGAGGAUUAUCUGUGUCAUAGUAGAAGUCACAGAACUAGAAACUGUACUCGGAGGGGCAAAAUUAAAUAUCGAAAAUGUUCAAGACACAAAGUUUUACAACACAGAGACAGAUCUAAACACAGCAGAUGUAGACAUCGACAUUUUGGCAAAACUCAUAGUAGGAGUAGAAGCUACCACAGAUCCAAAAGUUGUUCCACCAGUGAUUCAAGAAGCAGUGAAAGAUCAUCUAGUAGCAGAAUAUCAAGAGGCAGCAGUUCAGGAUCCUUCUCAAAAGAGACUGACAACUGUGACAACAAAACAAAAGAGGAUGCCAAAAGAGGUUCUAAUGCUGAACCAGGAAAAGCUGAAACUGCACAUUGCAAAUCUCUGAAUGUGAAUAGUCAGUCAAAAAACUUUGCCACCUGUUCUUUUGAAAACCUGGCAAAAGACAUAUGUGGAAAAAGGAAAUCACUGACAGCCAAGUUACUUUUAGAAAGAGUGCAGUCUAAGAAAGCCCAGGAGCAAAUGCACAAUUCAGAGAGAUUUUCAAACAGUAGUGGGGAAGAACUAAAGGAUCGAUCGAAAAGUCACUUUGCUCUGCAGUUAUCAUCAGUAGAUGACAUUGCAAUGUUACCUUUGCCAGAGAAAGCACUAAACACGGGUAAAAAUGACAUGGGGCAUAAUGAAAUCAGUUCGAUGGAAAACAGUGUGAAGAAAAACAACUUGGAAGCAUCAGAGAUAACUAAUGUUACUCUUUCACCUGGCACUGAUUAUGAUCAUUGUGUUUUUAAAGACAUAAUUCAAAUAGAAACAGGCUAUCAGAGCCCAAGCAUUAAAAGGAACACAGCAAUAAAGGAACAACCCAAUCUCUUCAUUAGUGAAGUGCAACCCUUUAUACAAAGCUGUGACCCAGUACCAAAUUAUUUCCCUGGUGCUUUUCCCUCUAAUAGAUAUUCUGUUGUUGCUAAUUCAACAGAGACCAAAGAAGAACUACACGAUGUAAACAUGGACUCCAGUGGGGCAGAAGGCUGUUCAGACUCUUUUUGUGACAAUGCUAUGCAGAAGUAUGAUGACACAGUAGAUGACCUAGAAGUGUACAGUAAAUCCACCUCCCCUCCUUUAACACAGCAGCCUAUCACAUUUUCACCAGAAGAAGUAGACAAAUACAGGUUGCUGCAGCUGCAAGCCCAGCAGCAUAUGCAGAAACAACUUCUGGCAAAACAUCUGAAAGUUUUGCCUGCCCCAGGACCGACUGCCUUCUCUGCAACACCAGCAGUUCCUGCCUUCCCUGUUCAGCAGCAUGCUACUGUCACUACCAUCCACCACACACUGCUGCAACGCUUUGCUGUUUCAGCAUCUCUGCAUCCCCACGGCAGUCAUCUCUCCCUGGCACCCCUCCACCCACUCUCUCAGGCACAUUUUGCCCCCAUAUCACUUUCCCCAUUAGCUCCAGCCUUCAUUCCCACCCACCCUGCUUUGCUGACAGGACACCCAUUACACUUGGUUUCCACCACACCCCUCCACCCUUCCCCAGUGACCUUCCCUGCACUGCCACACACUGCAUACAUCCCGGCCUUAUUUACACCACACCUGAACACAGCCACACCUUCUGCUAUACAUCCAAAUCACUUAGUUCAUCCGGUAUUCCAAGGGCAAGAGCCUCAUCACUAUUCUUGCUCUAGCCAGACCCAACAGUUACCUACAACUAAAGAAGUUUUCAGCGUUUCCAGCUACUUAAACUAACCCAAAUGAUUUCACAAUGGCUCCAAAACCAAAUUUAAUAAAAUAAAGCAUUCAGUGUUCAAUCACAUGUCUGAGGGGAAAUCUAUUGUUUUGCUGAGACCACAAUGACAGAGAUUUUAAAGUCUGCAAUCUGUCUGACAGUAUAUGAAUGUUGAUUUUAUUCUUGUAUCUCUGAGGAAAAGCUGCUUAAAAGCUUCUUUGUGAUACUAGCACAAGAAGGAUGAGGUGGCUAGUGUCAUUCUACUGAAUGUUUGAAAAGAAUAGCUUGAAGUGAAGUCUAUGACUCUCAGUAGGAAUGGGACCACAGCACCCAGACACAAUGGGAUUGAGUAUAUCAACAAGGAUGAAGGAUUUAAAGUAGGGCAAUUUAAUGUAGAGCACUCUUGAAACACCUCAAAGAUUUGAUUUUUGUGAGUGUAUAUAUGAAAGAGCCCAGUUCUUGGUGUGGUUAAGGUGUUUCUGAACAAAAAAUAAGGUAUCUGGGACCACUAGCCCCUGGGGCUGUCUCCUGGUUGAAAUAAACUCGGGAGGCUCUGAGAGAGGGAUGAUGAGUUAACACUGGAAGAGGAGGGAUUGCAACAGCAUCUUGAUAAUACUUUAGUGAUUUAGUCCCUGGCAUAUGUUGCUUGAACAGUGUAAAGAGAUUUCAGUGAGGCCACAGGUAUACAACAAAAAAUUCCCUUAGCACAGGGAGCUCUAUGCUGGCACAAGCAGGCUGCUGCUUUUCUCCCUGAACCAAGCAUCCCAGAAGGCAAUGAAGCCAAGUUCUUUGGCAUUGCCUGUGUAUGUAUCAUAGGGUACAUCAGGAGUGAGCUGCAGUAGCCCAGAAUUGCCAACAACCAGGGCUGGCUUUGAACCUCAGAGGUUCUUGUCCAAAACUUUCCUAUCAAAUGGAGCUCUGCUUUGUGGAAGCGUUUUUCCCAAAGAAUUUGUAAAUAUCUUUCAUCCCUUUCACAAACAACAGAAACAAUUGGUUAGUCCUAUAAAUUCAUGCUGAUAUUCAUAAAAAUGCAGAAGUAAAAUUCUGAGCAGUUCUUCAAAAACUGGUUGUCCAGGUUGUCUCAAAGAAAACCAUGUCAUAGUACUCAGCAUUUAAAGUUAUAUUGAAUCUAAACAAAUAUGUCAAGAUUCUCGCAUGGCUUCCCAAACUCUCAACAAGCAAAUUGAAAUUCUGAAUCCACAAUGUUUGAAUGCAUGUAUCCAACCUUCAGAGUAAUGUGUGGUUGAAAUUGUUCAUAAUAACUGUGUAUCAGGAAAUAGGUGAGGACUUCAGCAUCCCUUUGAAUGGCAUAGUUUGGCUAUUUUAUAAUGCUUCUAAUUCAACACAAGAUUUGUAGCAUGAAAUUAAAUUCAUAAUUGUCAUUAGACUGCAAGAAUGUUUCCCAAUAUAAUUGGACCAUGAAGCAUCCAACAGACAGCACCUGUUUGUUUGUAUUAAAAACAUUUGAAAUAAUUUCAAUUCAUUUGCAAUAAGGUAGUGCACAAUUAAUAAUAUGUCUUUCAGAAUCAAUAUAAAACACAUUUUAAAAGUUUUGGAGGAAUUUUAUUCCAUUAUAUUCAGCUAUCUGAAUCAACUGAGAAAUCUAAUUGCAAUUAAGUUGUGUAUUUAAAAUAAAACAGGACCAAUUUUCUUAGUCUUAAUCAAACUAGAUUGAUCCAUUGCAGUAAAAUUGAAUUGUUUUAAUUUCUAAAAGCAACUGCUUCAUCAUAAACUGGUAUUAUUCUAAAGUUUUCAAAUUGCUUUACAAGUUGUGACUCUUUUUUUUGUAUUUUCAAAGUUUGUAUUUUUAAAGUAGCUAUGAAUGCUUAAUGUUUUAGACAUUGAAAAAAACUAUCAGAAAAAAAAAUGGAGACUGAGCAGAAGCAAAACAUUUUUGUGUUGAGAAAGGUUGGUGAAGCCAGCACUGUCAAAUAUAUUUUGAUUUGAUUCCCAUCUUAUUUAUUAGUCUUGUUAACUGAAUGGAUUCAUGCCAUUUUGGAGUUACUUAUCUGUAUGUAAGUAACAUUUAAAUUAUGUUUAAUUUUCUCUUUUUAAUUUGCAGAGAACUUCUUUAAUCGAAAUUAUUGCUUCAGAAUUAAGGAGGUCAAAAUUUUUCUUGCAAAACAUGUAAAAUUAAAUAUUUCAAUAGUUUAAAAAUUUUUCCUUUUAAUUUUGGCUGAAGAUCUUCCUGAAUUAAGACCUGAAUUUGCAUACAAUUUCUAUGCUUCUGAAAUUUUAUUUUCUGAGAAUAAAGCAUAUUUCACUGACUGUGAUUAAACACCUCCGAAAAUUAUUACUUGCUUGGAUGGAGAUCACUCGCCCAGUGGACCACUUGGAAACAUUAGUCAUAACUCUGUAAAAAUAUUCUGAAUUGGACAUCUAAAGUAGCAGGUCAAUCUGUGCCCUAGAAGAGGCUGACUAAGAUGCGUAGCCAUGACCACCAGUUCAGGGCUAAUACCAGCCUAAAAGAUGCAUUUCCAUCCCUACAAACUUUUAAAUUUAUAGGCCCAAUUUCAUUUCUAUUGAAGCAAACCCAGCUGUUCUCAUGUAUAUAAGAGUUCAUUCAUAUCCUAAGCAGAUAACAAAAAAGGAGAAAUAUGGAACUAAGGAAUGAUGGGCUAAUCUCAUCUUUAAUGUGAGUGCACACAUUUUGUAUCCCUGCUUCUUACAGGUAAUGGUAAUGUUGUAGAAAUUUCUGUGGCAGGAAACCUGACCAAUUGAAACUUAACCAUACCCUACUACAUAGAUAAUUUAUGGAAAAUAGAUACAUAUCUUUCCCAUAAUAUAUGCACAAUACAAUGGGAUUCUAGAAGAAACAAAAUCAUAGGAUGUCAAUGCAUCAUUGUAUACACCAACACGGUAAGACAAAUAAAUUAACAAUGAAGAUUAAAUUUAAUUCUUGGAACAAUGAGAAUUAGGAUUUUGAGAGGUUUGAUGAGAGCAAAAGGAGAGAUUAAGAACAGAAAUAGCACAGUAGGAAAACAGUAAUCAUUGACUACUGAACAAAGGGAAUGUCCAAUAUCAUUCUUAAUACAAAGAAGAGAUUUUCUUGGAGAAAUGUAAUAAAGCUAUCAGCACAGCUGAAAUUAUAUUUUCUCUCUAAUUGCUGCCAUAUUUGUUUUUCAUCAGUAAUGUACUUUAAAUAUGUAUCAUUAUAAUUAUUAAAAGCACUGUUGAGCCCAAUGUAUGGAGCCAUGCUACAAUUUUGAUUUUAUUCAAGUAGAUUUUUAAAAGAGUUAGAGUAACCUCAUGGCAGUGAUAAAGACACACCAAGUUAAUAAUCUAUUUUUGCUUGAUUGUAUGUUCUUGAUACAUAAUCCAAGGAAACAGGUCACCCACACACUAAAAUUCCUAUAAGAAACAUUUCCUCAGUUACACCAUGAUAAAUUUUUUUGUUGUUACUGUUUGGGGGUUUUAUUUGUAACUGAGGUAUUUCUGGAAUACAUUCAAGAUGUAUAUUUGUUGUGCAGAUUUGCAUAAAAAUGCCAUUUGAUCAGAUUGAUUUUAAAAGUGUCAAGUUUAUAUUUAAAACUGGAUAAUACUCUGGCUAGUAUAAACUAGUAAUUUUGUUUUGUAUUCUCUGUAUAAAGUGUUUUAUAUUAUACAGUAGCUAAGUGAAUUGCACUAUUGUACAUGCAACGCGACUUUUUUUUUAGCUUAUUCAAGGAAUCCCUGGGAAUGUAGUUUAAUGCAAUAAUAUUUUUUUUCAAUAAAAAGGCUUACUGGUA